AUGAAGCGAAUGAAACUAGACGAUCCCUCCCAGCUGUGGGAACCGAAAGAUCAUAAUCGGCUUUGCUGCGAAUACUUUGUACGAGGGGAGCCAUCUGAAGACCCGGAACACCCUGGUUAUGUGCCGUCAUUGUUCUGUUUCACACCCAUGGCUAAAACACGUAUCGAUACUUCAAGGUAUCAGAGACGUGUACAGCGCAGACUAGCCCUAACACCGGUACCAGUAGAUGAAAACCAAGACAUUGCUGCGAAUGCUUUGCUUCAUUUAAACAGUCCGAAGUUUGUCGAUAAAGGAACUGACCCUGGUCCAGAUCCAAAAGAUGCCAGACUGAAAGAACUGGAGACCCAAGUCAAUGAUCUUGCAUCCAAUUACAGCUCUCUGCAGCAAGAAUAUCAAAGACUGUUGGAAGAAAAUAGAACCUUAAAACAAGAACUAGGGGAGAAAAAAUCACACAUACAAAUCUAA